AAAGGAGGAGGAGGCGCAAGCCAACUGGCACCGCCGCACCACCUUCACUGGCGCCUGCGCCAUCCGUGCGCAUGGGCCUUGACAAUGGGGGCGCACCGACUGAAAGGAGGAGGAGGCGCAAGCCAACUGGCACCGCCGCACCACCUUCACUGGCGCCUGCGCCAUCCGUGCGCAUGGGCCUUGACAAUGGGGGCGCACCGACUGAAAGGAGGAGGAGGGGCAAGCCAACUGGCACCGCAGCCCCACCCUGCCCCACACCUCCGGCGUCUGUCCGCAUGGCCCAUGGCGAUCAGGGCACUCCACCAGAAAGGAAGAGGAAGGGAUCCUCAUCACUGAGAGAAGGCAGGAGGGGCUGGCCCGAGAGGAGCUCAAUCCGGAACAAUUCCGCUGUGUGGCAUGGUGGCCCACAGAAAUCAGACGAUGGUGAUAGCUCGGAGAGUUCGGCAGGGGAGGAUGAUACCUGCGAGGAUUUGGCAGGGCACAGUGAUGACCCCAAUGGUUCAGGAGCAGACGGUGCUGGCCAGGAGAGAUCAGAAGAUGAUGAUAGCUCAGAGAGUUUGGCAUGGGAGGAUGAUACCCUGGGGGUUCUGGCAAGGCAUGGUGAUAACCCCAAUGGUUCAGGAGCAGUUGGUGCUGGCCACACACAUGGAUCUCCUGACGCCCUAGCUGCACUUAGUGAUCCGUCGAAGAAUGUGGCGACACAUGGAAAAAUUGUGGUGGCUCACACUCCUAACACCCCUCCAAGAUUCGAAGGGUUGUUGAGAAUCAUUACAUCGCUCAUACCUUGUGAGAAUAAAGGGAAGUCGUACGAAUGUAGCUUGGGCCAGAUGAAUGCAUUUCUAAGAUGGAGCCAAGCAGAGAAUGCCUUCUUUUUUGAGUGGAGUGACGAUAAAAUGGAAAUGACAUGUUGGAUGCACAAUAUCAAUAAAGGACAAACUUUCAAGUUUACCGUGAAUGCAGCAUUUUCACAUAAAAUGGAUAACUUAAGUGUGGAAAGAGCAGCAGUUGCAUUCUCGGAAAAUUUUAUUGGUGAUGAUGAAUAUUGGUCAGAUUUAAAAGACACACUCCUGAUUAUGUUUGGUUCUUUCGAAGACAAAGAUUUGAAAGACUAUGAUUAUCUUUAUGUUUUCACCAGAGUGGGAGAGUCUAUCGGUUUCAGAAAUUUUAAGAUAACCAGCUUACCCAAGGCCGGUGAUUCUUCCAGUAAGUUGGUGCUCAAAGAGAUCAACACCAACUUUUCCUUAAAGCUUGCUGAUGACCAGGUGACCCCCAACAACUCAUAUAUAGGUGCACAUCUUAAAGAAGAUGAGACUCUAAGCCUUUGUGAGGUUACCCUAUAUGGUAUUUCAAAUGGACAGACUGGUUCCUGCUUAUUUCAUCAUGUUGAUUUCAACGGAACAAUUUACUCAAUUGCUCUUAGGAAUGGGACUUAUCUGUCAACAUUGGAAAAACUUCAAGGGUUUAAUACAUCACUUGCAGAGAUUGUUGUGAUAGAACCUUCAUUGAAAAUGAAACAUAUUAUUGGGUCAGCAACAAAUAAGACAUACUGUUUUGUUCGAGAGAGAUUUAAAUCAAUUCUCCAGUCUUUGUUUGCUGAGGUCGCAACGCUGUUGGAGUCUGGGAAAUGCAUCAGCGAAACAAGUCACCUAUUCAUGCACAAUAUACUUGUUAGAGGGACUAGCGUUAGGCUAUAUGGACUCGAUCUGACAGAUUACAGUGAUGAUUUAGCCAAACUUACUGUUGAACAGCUUGUGGAUGUGGUCAGAAAAUGCUUUCCCAUAGAUACAAUUCCUAUAGAUUUGCAUGAGUUGCUUGAGGAGUUGGAAGAGAAUCCAUUGGAUGGAAUAAGAAUAGCAGAAGAUGAUUGCUCGUUGUUGAAGGCAGAGGAAAGAAGGAAGAUGUUGAUCGACUUCAAUAGUGAAUACAUGACAAAUGUGGAAGAAGGACCUGCUGAUUCUGACCGUAUCAACGAGAUAACUUUCUUCGAAGAUUGCCCAUAUGCGGCAGACUGGGACCAUAUAAUGAAAGACAACGAGUACAUGGUCCAGGUUGGCAAUAUGGAUAAAUCUAAUCAAAAGAACGAGGCUGAUGAAGAUAAUAAUGAUAAGAAUGCAGUAAAACUGAGAAUGGAAAAGAAACAGAAAUUGGCUAAAAACACUGCGAGCAUCAAGAAAUUUGCCGAUAAGAAGAAACUGCAGCUUCAGCUUAACAGAGGCAGUCAGCAGUUCAGCUCCAAAAGAAAUUUUCUGAUGCAUAUGCCUGAAAAGGCAAAAAAGGAUGGUAUAAUUCCAUUCAGGCUAGGGAUGUCUGAUCAUAUUUUGACAGCCUACUUCCCUAGAUUCCUCCGAUUUGUUCAAAAGAGGAUGAGAGAUCUGAAAGCGCAGAGAGGAAUAUUCAAGAAGAGGUCACGUCCUGGCUUGUGGGCUAGGGGUCAGCGACAGUAGAAAAGGCUGAGUUCGAGCCGGCAAGUCCAACCCAGGACAUGGCUAGCUUGUUCCAUUGGUUGUUUGUCUAGCAGCUAGUCCAUUUCUUUUUUGCUGGAAAGCAAACCUUAUUGAUGUACAAGUAGUUUGGUUCACUUGUGCCAUAUCUUUGUACUAUGUGACUAAGCUCAUGAUUGGUACUCCCUCCAGUCCAUAAAAAAUGUCGGAGUUUUAGUUCAAAUUAGCUCAAAUUUGAACAAAAAACCUAACACUUAUUAUGGAUCAGAGCUUUCUGGAGGAAAAAUACACUUGGUGUGAUGAUCAUGUGAUGUGCCAUGCUCGUCUCACUAUGUACACUGGAGAUGUACAUAUGCGGACUGUGGCGUGGCUGUAAAGUAUUUGAUAAUAACCACGUACAGCCGCAUGGCAGGGGAUUCCAUGUGAAAA